AGAGAGAGAGAGAGAGAGAGAGAGAGAGAGAGAGAGAGAGAGAGAGAGAGAGAGAGAGAGACGUUCACCUUGUCGAGGCGCGAUAGGGAUCAGACGCCUUCCAAUGGAGUGUGUGUGAUCCAUAUACCUGUUGCACCGCGGAAGGUAGCUGUCUGUAGUGCAGACUCCAACCAUGGCUCGAAGUCUGAGGUGGCUGUUCAUCGGAGUCCUGUCCUUCUCCUGUUCGACUCUUCCCUGCAUCGGAUUUAACCUAGAUGAAAGGUUUCCCGUCAUUAAGGAGGGCAAAACCAGUGGAAGCUUUUUCGGAUUUUCUGUCGCCCUCCAUAAACAGACGGUCGGAUCCCAGAAAUACCUGCUCCUCGUGGGAGCCCCCAAGGAGAAGGCAGAAAACCUGAAGAACGUCAAUGAAACGGGCGCUGUCUACUUCUGUCCCAUUACCACGGCGACGGCCGACUGUUCCCGGGUGGAUUUCAAGAGUACACAGACACCAUUAGAAAAGGAUGAUCAGUCAGAGAUGGUGGAGGGCAUGUGGCUGGGGGUGACCGUGGCCAGCCAGAAAGACCUCCCCGAUGGCCGCAUGCUGGCAUGCGGCCAUCGAUACGUCAAGUUGUACGCGGGAGGGAGCGAGAAGCAUCGGCGCAUGGUGGGCAAGUGCUACGUGAGGGGCAACGACCUGACCUACGACCCCAACGACCUGUGGCAGAAUAACCAAUACGAGUUCUGCAACCCCACCUUCGACAUGGAUCUGGAGGGCAUGUGCAACUUGGGCAUCUCCGGGGGCAUCACGGGCAGCGACGUCUACAUUGGCUCGCCCGGGAGCUUCACCUGGCAAGGUAACGUUCACAUCACGUGGAGAAAUCCAGACCCCAAUAGUGCCUGGGACUCCGACGACAAGCAAUUUGGUCGUCUGAAAAAGAACUACAACAACUACAUGGGUUACUCGGUCCUCCAAGACAUGAAGCUUCUGAGUCGUGACAACUACACCUUGGUGACGGGGUCUCCGAGGGACGAGUCCAAGGGCUCGGUGACACUGGCCUCAACCAACAACAAAAUCCUGCAGCAGCUUCUGGUCAUCCCCGGGCAGCAAGUGGGCUCGUACUUUGGGAACAGCUUGGCCAUCACAGACCUCAACAACGACGAUUGGAAAGACCUGAUCGUGGGCGCCCCGUACUACUUCGACCGAUCCAAAGACCACGGCGGGGCGGUCUACGUCUACAUGAACGAGAACGGGUCGUUCCGGAAGGAGCCCAGCAUGGUGCUGAAGGGGCCCGUCAGCUCCGCCUUUGGCUUCGCACUCGCCGCCAUCGGAGACGUCGACCAAGAUGGAUUCCAAGACUUUGCUGUAGGAGCCCCAUUCCACGAGACGGGGAAGGUCUACAUAUGGAUGGGAAGUAAUGAGGGGAUUACAGAAAAGUACAGCCAGGUUAUUGAGGGAAAAUCGGUAGGCGAUGGGAACUUCAAGACCUUUGGCUACUCGCUGAACGGAGGAAUGGACAUGGAUGACAACAGCUACCCAGACCUCCUGGUCGGAUCAAUGGACGACCGCAUUGCACUGCUCAGAACCAGACCAGUCAUCCACCUAUCUAAGGAAUUCACUGUGCAGCCGAAGAUUGUCGAUCCCACUAAGUGUAAUAACAAUGGCAAGGCCUGUAUUAGAGCGAAGGUGUGUUUCUCCUACACUCUAAGCAACGGGAACAAAGGCUUACAGAAAGAAGUUGUGGUGAGGUACACCAUAGAGGCCGACAUGGACAGGUGGAAGACCGCACGAGUUUACUUCCGCAGCACCAAAAAUGCAACCUACACAGGCUCCAUCUCCCUGAGCUCCCCUGACCAGAAGUGUCAGAAACUGGAGCUCAAUGUGAUCACGACGGUGAGGGACAAGCUGGACCCUGUGGUGUUCGAGCUCACCAUGGCGCUGCAGGAGCUGAAGCCCGACCCGCAGGGGCUGCAGGACCUGGACUCCUUCCCCAUCCUCAGCCAGGAGCAGAAGACCACCCAGAGAGCAGAGUUCCACUUCCAUAAGGAGUGUGGCUCGGACAAUAACUGUGACAGCAACCUGCAGCUAACAGCAGAGUACGCUCCUGAGGACACGGAUAAACCUUACCCCAGAAAGGACCUGGACCAGGUGCUGCAGUACGACAGUAACGUGAAGAAGGUGGUGAUCCUGGUGGAGGUGACCAACCUGCCGGGAGAAGGCAAGCUGGCGGAGGACGCCCACGAGGCCAUGCUCAACAUCAGCAUCCCCCAGUCGCUCAGCUACUUCGGCGUCAGGUUCACGGAGGGCCCAAAGGGGGAAUGUAACUCAGACGGUCAGGACUCUGUGAUCUGCGAGCUGGGGAACCCACUCAGGAGCAAUGAGCGCGUGAAACUGCGGCUAAUUUUCCAGACCAGAGACAUCGACUUGUACACGCGCGAGAUCAAGUCGCUACUGCAGUUGUCAACGCUGAGCCAGCAGAGCGAUAUGCAUCCCGUGGCGGUGGUGCUUCUGGUGGAAAUCUCCAUCCUCACCUCCUUUAACAUAGAGAAGCCGCACGUCCAGGUCUACUCCAGCGGCGAGGUGGUGGGCGAGUCGGCCAUGAAGAAGAGCAGUGACGUGGGCAGCCUGGUGGAGUACACCUUCAACGUGGAGGUGCUGGGACCGAGCGUGGGCACCAUGGGGACGUUAGCCAUUGAGUUUGAAUGGCCGAUUGAGGUGGAGAACGGCAAGUGGCUGCUGUACCUCACCGAGAUCGUGAGCAACAUGAACGGGGCGUCAGAGACACACUGCUUCCCUCCCGGAGAUGUCGUCAACCCCCUUAAGCUCAAUCUGACGGAGGAGAGCAGCAGCCGCAAAAGGAGCAAGAGGCAGACGCUGGUGCUGGGAGACCCCAGGACCCCCUCCGCGGAGCCUCCGGCGGUCGCCACCCUGUUCUCGCCACGCAAAGACACCGUGACCCUGGACUGUGCCACGGGGACGGCGCGGUGCGUCACCUUCACCUGUCCCCUCGUUGACAUGCAGACCGAGGCCAAGGUCACCGUCCGCUCCCGUGUCUGGAACAGCACCCUGCUAGAGGACUACUCCAAGGUGCUCAGGGUCAAGGUGAAGGGAAAGGCCACCCUCAAACUGAUCACAGACAAGACCACCAUCAAGAUGAAGAGCACCACCGUCGAGUUCUCGGUGGACAUAGACCCCGUGUUCGAUGAGGAGGCCCCGUAUGAAAUCCCCCUCUGGAUCUUCCUGGUGGCAGCUGGAGCCGGGGUUGUCCUUCUGGGAAUCAUCAGCCUCUUACUGUGGAAGUGUGGCUUCUUCAAGAGAGCCAACCAGAGGCAGAUGUACGAGGCCAAGGACCAGAAAGCAGAGAUGAAGAUCCAGCCAUCGGAGACUGAGAAGCUGACCGAAGACUACUGAGACCCCCACCCCACCCCCACCCCCCCCCCCCCCCCACUCAAAGCCUCCAUGAUGGUGGGGGUGGUGGGAGGGAGAGUGGGGGGGGGGGGUUGGUACUGGCACACCACUUGGCGUCCCUUGGUAUUGGAGCUACUCAGCUUCUGCUUCGCCCCGUUACUUUGGAUGGUUGAAGUCUGUUUGGGGACUUACUGUAUUUCUUCGGGGGACAGGCCCGCUUUGUUCGUCUAAAGAUUCCCCCUAACAACUUUUUCUCUUCUUUGACUAAUGCUGCUCCUUCCAGAACUUCUCCUGCCUCGUACGCCUAUUCCAAUCGUCUCCUUUUCUAACUCACUCCUCCUUGGCCCCUCCUAGCUUUCUGAAUCUGUAACGUUUCGGCCGCUUCCACCCCUCUCCCUGUGUGGAACUCUCCGGAUGUUUCCCUAACAGCCCUCUCUUUCUCUGUCUGUCUAACAGUCCCUCUCUUUCUCCCUGUUUCCUUCUUCUGUUUUGUGUCCCUGCACCCCGCCAGCUUGGGUUCUUCAAGCGGGCCGUCUACUAUCGCAUCAUGCCAAAGUACCAGGGGGUGAGGAUCUGCAAGGCAGACCGCUACAAAGGGUGCAUGGGCUUCCCAGCCAGCGAGCCUCAGAGAAAGUACCUGAUCACCAACUGGAGAGAGAUACACCAUUACUACUACUGACCUGUUUCUAGUUCUUUGCGUGGAGAACUCAUGAUUUAUAGGGCAAGGGACCCGGACCGCUGAGCACAAGGGCCAGCUGUGUGAAUAAUGCCUAUUAAUUUUUGUCUUUUUUUGUUGUUGAUUUAAUUCUGUCCUUUCUUUUUGUGCAAUAUGCCUUUUUUUCUUUCAGAGAUUUUAAUUUGUUUAAGGGGUUACGCAAUGCAAAACUGGUCUCACAUUAUGCUUAUUUGAGCUUUUCAUCUCUCCUUUUCUCCUCUCAUAGUACUUCAGUAAUCCCAGGUGGGAAAUUCAGAUUCUAGGUUCCUGUAAAGACUUGCAUAUCCCUUCUUCUUCUACAAAUACUGACGUUGGCAGUUCUUGAAGCAGUUCAACUGGUGUUGUGGAUGUGAAUGUUGCGCAAUGAGAACCACCUGCACAACAUUGGUGACAAACCUCGCUCCCUGAAAUAACCAGACAUCUCUUAUGUAAUGAAUCGGGAAAGACCAGAAACAGGUCAUUCAAACGUUUUUUUUCUCCAGGGAAGACCGGUCUAGUAGCAUGUGUUGGAAAUAAAUGCUUUAUUUUUAAUAGGGAAGAGUUACUUUGCAAUGACUUCUUUCAUUGCGUGAUAAACCAACGCUUGCGGUUUUGUACAACGGAAUGGGGAUUCGUUCAUGAGUUUAGGACGUUACGCUGCGUUCAUUUGAUUCUUUAUGGAUAUUCCUGUAUUGGUAAAGCCAUUUCAAUGUAUAUAGCACAUUUACUUUCUUUUUUCGAUCAUUUUAUUUGUUUCCCUCUCAUCCUCUUUGGAACAUUCACCGACCUUACCUGUGUACGAUUAUACGAGGUAAUUUGCCUUGUUGAUGUAUUUUUUUCUCCCGAUUCACUUCUUUUUUCUUUUGGGUUUGAAUCUCACCUCGUGGUCAGUCUUUUGUGUGUUUUUUCUUUUUUUCUGAGCUGAAAGUGGUAUCUGGGAAGCUUUUCUCUAAGCUGUCUUGAACUUUGACAUCAAACAUAAGUUCGAUGUACUAUUUUUGGUUUUUGCAACGAGAAACUGCCUUAUUGUUUUUUAUUUUUGUCUGUUUUUAAUGUCCAGUUAAUUUCAUUUCCUAACCCUUAACGCUAUAACCGAAGAGUAUAGCGCGAAGAACAAAAAAAAUAACUUUAAUAUUGAGGGCGCAAGCAGGAACGCCCAGGGCGCAUCUUGCCAGUACGAAAAAAUUGUAUAGCUAAACAUGAGCACAUGUAAAUGACUAAUCCGAGACCCUCCCCCCCUCCCCCCCAACACUCCAAUGACCAGGAAUGUGAGAAUAAGUGUGGCUGCUUGGAGAUUUGGAACAAGCAGACAUGUUUUGCGUCAAGAUGGCAGGGGUGCACUUGAAACCACAACGGCUCUUGUGGUUAUUUAUUUAUUUUACUGUUAUAUCUGACUCUUAUCCACUGCAUGGAGUCCUCCACAUAAUCGGAUAUAUGGUAUGGAGUCGCAACACUGGACUUAAUCGUUGUGUGCUUCCAGCGAUGUAUUGAUGAGUGACAUUAUGGUGACAGUGAUGAGCUAAAUGCAGUAUAAAUUAUAGAAUGCGGCAAAACAUUUCUAUCGGAUGAUUGAGGAAUGAUUAUUGUGUAGAACGGUUUGAAUGAAAUGAAUGCUAUUGUUGUUUUUUCACGCGAGACUUUGAGAUUGUCCCGGAAGAAUAUAAGUAAAUGCAAUGAAUCAACAGGCCCGUUAUGUGGUUGGACUGGGUCUCCAGAAAACUCCACGGUCAAUUGUGUUCAGCCUGCAGCGUUGGAGAAUGAAAAGAAAAACAAAAUGUAUCGCAGGAGAAAGACUUGUGGGGAGAAGGUGUAGGGUCUCAAUCCCCCGGGAGCACAAAGGUCUUCUGUGGAGAGCCCCCCCCCCCCUCUUCUUUCUGAUGGACUUGGUCGAGGAGAGAGUGAAAGAAAGAGGCUGUGCCCUAGGGUCAAGCCUAGGGCACAGACUCUUGUCUUACUGUAUGUGUGUUCGUUUUUAUUACUGUGCAGUUUCAACAGAAUUCAAGAAUUUGUAAAAAAAAUAAUAAAAGUGUAUAAAUGUA